GUGUGCAGCAGGCGAGGCGAGCGGCCGUAGCGCAGCGCAGCCCCGGGAUGUGACUGAGGUAACUGAGGUGACUGAGGUGACGGCACGAGUGACGUCAGUUGCACCAUGUCUAGCAGUGAUGGCGCCCACUCGCUGAGGAGGCAUCCGCUCCGCUCUCCAAAGAAAACCAAGAAAACCGAUGACAAGGGCAGUAAAUCGCCAAAUUUGAGUGUACACAACAAGAACUUCUACAUCGCGUCCUACCCUGUGGUCUUAGUGUUCAACAUCCUCCGCACGGUGCUGUACCACUUGUUCUUACUGCUGAAAACGUUGUUCCGAGCGAGCUCGUACCUUGCCCAGGCGCGGACAGACACCGCCGCGCCGACCUCGGUGGUGAUAACGGAAAUUGACAGUAGUGGAGGAGUGGGCAGCGGGGGCAGUGGCGGUGGGCAAGGGCAAGUAGAGGAACCGUCGCAGCAGGACGAGGUGUGCGUGCCACUCAUAGGAGAGAUGCCGCCCAAACCAGGCAACCCAGGGCCAGGAGACCCUCUCCUCGCCAAGCAGAAGCAUCAUCAUCGCAAGGCCUUUGAGUACAUCUCGAAGGCGCUGAAAAUCGACGAGGAAAAUGAAGGUAAGGAAGAACAGAUUAGGGACAUCCGUGUCACGGUAGCUUUUGUGAAUGAGACGAUAAGUUUUUAA